CGAUAGUAGAGCUCUUGCGCUGUGUUUGGAUGGUGUGUUUGUGUGAGUGUGUAUGUUUACAUCAAGUUUGUUGAUCGUAGAACCAGAAUAGAAUAUCGAGCUGUAUGGAUUUGUUUAUUUAAUUAUAUAUCAAGGAUAUGAUGAGGCGGACUAUAAACCACACCAUCGCUCCCUCAUGAUUAAAGCCAAACCAUAAAGAAAGAAAUAACCUCAUCAUGGACGAAGAGACUCUAAACAAUUUCUGCGGUUCAAGAUUUUGGGAAUCUAAUUAUACAUGGGAUACAGAAACACCACGAUUGACUCCAUGUAUCGAAAAAACUGUUUUGUGGAUACCUUGUCUCUUUUUAUGGAUGUUCUCGUGUGUUGAUAUAUUCUACAUCUACACCAGUAAAUCCAGAAACAUUCCAUGGAAUUGGAGGAACAUUCUUAAGUUGGUUUCCCUCGCACUUCUUCUAGGCCUUUGUAUAUUUGAACUAGGUUACAACAUAUUUAAAAGUGACCCAGCGUACCUUGUCGAUAUUUACACUCCUGCGAUAAAAGCAAUAUCCUUUGUAUUGUGUACUACAUUAGUAAUAUUCCAUAGAAAACAUGGCCAGAGAACGUCCGGGCUUCUUUUUCUCUUCUGGUUCUCAAUAGCAUUCAUGGGAAUUUCACAAUUUUACACUUCUAUCGAGGGACAUAUUUUGGAUGAAGAGGCAGAUGUGAUGAGGAUAUCAAACAUUGCCAGCUAUUGCUUGUACUUCCUGAUGCUUAUGCUUUACUGCGUUUCCGACUUGCCGCCAAGGAGGUCCGAAUAUCCGCCCUCAAAGAAUCCCAGCCCGGAAGAAGCCGCCCCAUACCCCGCCAGACUCCUGCUGUCUUGGUUCGAGCCGAUGGUGUACAAAGGAUUCAGGAGGCCGUUGGUACAGAGUGACAUCUGGCCAAUAAAAUACCAAGAUGCCGCCGCCCAAAUCUUUAACCACUACAACAAGUUCUGGCUAGCUGAGCGGAAGAAAAAGAAUAUGGGAGAUGUUGAUAAGUCAUCAAAAUUUAGUAAAGAAGUUAACGGAAUCGAUUUUGUGGAAGGGCACAAGGAAAUAAAGCCUAAGAAGCAAGCUUCGAUCCUCCCCCCUCUAAUUAAAGCAUUUGGAGGGCCCUUCAUGUUCGCUACAUUUCUGCAGAUUAUUGAGGUAUUCCUGGGAUUUGUCAGUCCAGAACUAUUAAAGCGUAUUAUAAAUUUUGUAUCAAGUGAUGAGCCAAUGUGGCGUGGUUAUUUCUAUGCUGUGAUGAUGCUCUUCAUAGGAAUUGUGAUGCCUUUACUUCACGGCAACUACAGCUUGACAUUAUUGAUAGUUGGGCUUCGCACUAGAACUGCCUUGAUAUCCACCAUUUACAGAAAGUCUCUUAAACUAUCAAAUGCAGCGAGGAAGGAGACUACUUUAGGUGAAAUAGUUAAUUUGAUGGCUGUCGACUCUCAAUCUAUAAUGGGCUCAUUGACCUACAUAAAUUAUUUGUUCCUCGCCCCUUUGCAGAUAGGGUUAGCAUUGUAUUUCCUCUGGCAGCAAUUAGGACCCUGUGUCCUCGCCGGCUUAGCUGUUAUGCUGAUUAUGAUUCCUAUGAAUUCAUUCAUUGUAAAUAAAACAAAAGAUCUUCAGCAAAAGCAGAUGAAGAAUAAAGAUGAAAGAGUCAAAAUGAUAAAUGAAGUACUUUCAGGGAUGAAGGUAUUAAAGUUAUAUGCUUGGGAGCCAAGCUUCUUAGAUCGAGUUUUGAGAAUCAGGGACAAAGAAACGAAGAUACUUAAAAAAGCUGCUUACCUCAGAGCAGCAACCACAUUUGUUUGGUCAUGUGCUCCUUUUAUGGUUUCAAUCCUAACGUUCGCAGCAUACGUUCUCCUCGAUGAUACGCACGUUCUCGAUUCAUCCAAAGUUUUCGUCUCCAUUUCUCUCUUCAAUAUCAUGCAAACUCCUUUGAUGAUGGUCCCUAUGGUUCUUUCCAGUGCAAUUCAGGCGGCAGUAUCGAUAAAAAGAAUAAACAAGUUUUUAAAUAGUGAAGAUUUGGACUUGGAUACCGUCACUCAUGAUACUAAAGAUGAGGAACCGUUAGUUAUGGAAAAGUGUACAUUCUCUUGGGGAGCUGAUGAGCCAUCGACACUUCAUAAUCUUGAUCUGAAAGUAAAACCAGGCUCACUUGUUGCUGUAGUCGGUGCGGUCGGUUCUGGCAAGUCAUCUUUGAUAUCAGCUUUCCUCGGAGAAAUGCAUAGAGUGUCAGGAAGAGUUAACACAAGGGGAAGUAUAGCCUAUGUGCCGCAACUAGCAUGGAUACAGAACUGUACUCUCCAAGACAAUAUAUUAUUUGGAAAGACUCUAGACAGUAAAAAGUACCAUAAAGUUAUUAAUGCGUGUGCAUUGAAAAAAGAUUUAGAGAUGCUUCCUGGUGGAGACCAAACUGAAAUCGGAGAAAAAGGUAUCAACGUGAGUGGCGGACAGAAGCAAAGAAUCAGCUUAGCAAGAGCUGUUUACUCCGACUGCGAUGUCUACUUCUUAGACGAUCCCUUGAGUGCAGUCGACAGUCAUGUUGGUAAACAUAUAUUUGAGAAUGUCAUUGGUCCAAACGGAGUACUUAAAAACAAGACAAGACUGCUGGUAACUCACAGUAUUACCUUCCUACCCGAAACAGACAAAAUUAUAGUACUUAAGGAUGGUUUAGUAUCAGAAGUAGGAACGUACCGUGAAUUGCUUGAUAAGAAAGGAGCGUUCAGUGAAUUCCUUAUAUCACAUUUACAAGAGAUUGACACUGAGGAAUUAGAAGAGUUGGAUGAGAAUAUCAAGGAAGAAAUCAUAAACACCAAUCCUGCAUUCCAUCGACAACUCAGUAAUCAGAAAUCCAUGUAUAGUUCAAAUACGUCCUUAUCUUCAAUGAGAAAGAGAAGACUUUCACAGCUUUCUGAGAAAAUCAUUUCUGAAAAACCAGCUGGUGAGAAAUUAAUAGAGGAAGAGAAAGCUGAAGUUGGAAGGAUACAAUGGAGAGUUUACGUCAAUUAUUGCAAAGCUAUAGGAACAUUUCUGGUGACAACAUCUAUUGCACUUACUGUUGUUAACCAAGCACUUGGAAUAGGAUCAAGUAUAUUGUUGUCUAAAUGGUCUGAUGACAACGACACAGUUAUAAAUGGUACUCAAAAUAUAGAAAGGAGGAACAUGUAUUUGGAAUUAUAUGGAUUAUUAGGCAUAGGACAAACACUUGCAAACUUCAUUUCUUCGCUGACCUGGUACAUUGGUGCAGUAAAUGCUGGUUCUUUGCUGCAUUCGAUGUUGUUGAAGAAUAUUAUGCACUCUCCGAUGUCAUUCUUCGAUACAACACCACAAGGAAGAAUCUUGAAUCGUUUUUCCAAGGAGAUAGAUGUUCUAGAUAAUAGCAUCCCUUUUACUUUGAAGCAGUGUUUUUCGUUUUCAGCUCCGGUAUUUGGAACGGUAUUUAUUAUUAGCUAUACCACACCUGCAUUUUUAAUAGUCAUUAUCCCUAUUGCGGUUCUUUACUAUUGGGUCCAGAAAUGUUAUAUUGCUACUUCGCAACAACUAAGAAGAAUUGAAUCUAUAACAAGGUCUCCAGUUUAUUCACAUUUUGGUGAGAGUGUGUCAGGUUCUUCUGUAAUAAGAGCUUACGGUGCACAGAAAAGAUUCAUCAAAGAAUCUGAACUGAAAGUGGAUUUGAAUCAAUCCUCCUCUUAUGCCAGUAUUGUUGCUGGUAGAUGGCUUGGUAUAAGACUACAAUUAAUAGGUGGUCUGAUUGGUUUUUUUGCAUCACUUUUUGCUAUAAUCGGUAAAGAUUAUUUGAGUCCAGGAAUUGUUGGUCUUUCAGUCAGUUACACAAUGCAGAUUACUAUAUUCUUGUACAUGUUAGUUGUCAUGGUAGCAGAAGUUGAAUCUAACAUUGUGGCUGUAGAGAGAAUAGAAGAAUAUUCGAAUACACCUCAGGAAGCACCUUGGGAUCUCACUACAAAUAAUGCAACAACUGACUGGCCACAGGAAGGUAAAGUGGAAUUUGUAGACUAUACGGUCCGUUAUCGAGAAGGUCUGGACUUGGUUCUUAAAGGAAUUAAUCUCUCUAUCAAAGGUGGCGAGAAGAUUGGCAUCGUUGGUCGUACAGGUGCAGGAAAAUCAUCUGUAACUUUGGGUUUAUUUAGGAUAAUAGAAUCAGCUGGUGGAAAAAUUCUAAUAGAUGGUGUGGAUGUAUCAACGCUUGGUCUUCAUGCUCUAAGGUCUCGCCUCACAAUUAUUCCUCAGGACCCUGUACUAUUUUCUGGAAGUUUGAGAAUGAACCUCGAUCCUUUUGGCAGUUACAACGAUGAACAGGUUUGGAGGGCUCUCGAGCUCUCUCAUCUCAAAGCUUUUGUAAAAGAGUUACCCGCUGGGCUCCAGCAUGAAGUGUCUGAAGGAGGUGAAAAUUUGAGUGUUGGUCAGCGACAGCUAAUCUGCCUUGCUCGAGCUCUUCUCCGUAAAACUAAGAUAUUGAUCUUGGAUGAAGCUACAGCAGCAGUUGAUCUGGAAACUGAUGACUUUAUUCAGAGAACGAUCAGAUCAGAGUUUGCUGAUUGUACCGUCCUUACUAUAGCACACAGAUUAAACACAAUUAUGGACUCCGACAGAGUUCUCGUCUUGGAUCAAGGAAAAGUACUAGAAUUUGAUUCGCCUAAAGUCCUUCUUAAGAACAGGUCUUCACUGUUCUACAGUAUGGCCCAAGAUGCAGGUCUUGCUUAGAUAAAUAUUAUUCCGUUCUUGAAAAAUUAAGUUAUUUCUGAGAAAUACGAAAGCUGAAAGCCAAAAAGUUUGCAGUCUUGAAUGAUGUGCUGAAUACUGCCAAUUGUAAAAAUGGAUGUUGAUUGUUGAAAACUAAAGUAUUUAAUAAUCAUAAGGUUUGUUGUAGCCGAAUACUACUUCAAACUAAAAAAGACUUGUAUAAAGGUGUUAGUAUAAGUUGUAAAGUUGUGUAUCAUUUUGUAAUGGUAAAUUAUUUAAAAGAAAUUGUGUAAUUUAGAUCGUUGUACUUACAAAUUUAAUUUAUAAGGUCGAUGAUACUAUUUUAAAAUUUUUGAAAGAAAGUAUGUACUUAUGAGAUUACUUUGUAACUAUUUUUGUAAAAUAUGUUUAUUAAAGUGUCAUGUUAUAGUUUUUAAAAC